ACUCUAUUACACUGUUACGUCCACGUUGGGCCUACAACGGCCCUUUACACAAUUAAUAUUUCCUCCGAAAAUAAAAAACCCUAACUCUCAAAUUCCAUCGUCUUCCUUGCAUCUACCACAACCAACCAGAAUCGAAGACAGUUAGCAGCAACCGCCAUGGGUAAAGUACACGGAUCGUUGGCGCGUGCGGGUAAGGUGAGAGGCCAAACCCCUAAGGUCGCCAAGCAGGACAAGAAGAAGCAGCCUCGUGGACGCGCUCACAAGCGUAUUCAGUACAACCGCCGUUUCGUCACCGCCGUUGUUGGUUUUGGGAAAAAGAGAGGACCAAACUCAUCAGAGAAAUAAACAAGUUGAAUGAAAUUGCUUUUACAUUGUUAUGUUAUUUAGAUAAUGUUUAUUGUGCCAGCCACACUCUUUUUAUGUAACCUCAAAUGACUUGUAAUUUUUUAGAUUAAUAUGUGCUAUUCAGUUGUUCUAAUCCAUGAUUUGAAUGAUUUAUGCAUUCCCUUUUGUUAAA